GGUUUUUGUUUACAUGCUGAAUAACAACGUACAAUGACGAGUGUGGAAGAUAUUCGUUCUGAAAUCGCAUCUAUUGACGCUCGUCUGAAGCAAUGGUUUCUUUUUAGACGCGUCCAGGCCGAGCGUGCCAUGUCAAUAAAAAAGUUGCUUGAUGACAACAACUACAUUGGUUUGUCUUGCAACAACAACAAUGUAGAUUUGGUUGACCGUGUGAUGUGGUCAGACAUAGUUAAGGGCAGGCCUGAGUUGGAGGACUCGCUUUCAGUCAACGCUCGUGAGAUGAAGGCUGACAUGUAUAUGGACAUGUUCACUCAGUCGUGUGACUUGGACCACGUUUGCAGGGUGCCGGGUUCUAAGUACAUCCAAUGUUUGCAGAAUAACUUCAGUGUGGACCGUGAAAUUCGUUCACGUCUCUGUGACGGCUUAUUUUCGGCUUUUGACUCUUGCCGCAAGGGCUUAUUAUUGCAGCAAAACGCGCAUAUUCAAGAAGCCCUGAAGCGUCAGGAGAAGCAGGACAAGGACGCUGAGACAUUGUUUAACCAGCGUCUUGCACUUAUGAAGAAGCUGGAGGGCAUGGGUAUUUCUGAAAACUACUGAAGCACCUGUUGCUGUGGGUGAUGU